AUGUCUACAAUUGCCCAGCAGAGCAAACCGAUUGACCUGUCCUUUCCAGGCCCCAGGAAGGUCAUGGUUGCGGGACAACAACCCGAACUGGUAAACCUUCAAUUACAUCCUCCUGCAGAUGCGAACCACGUCGCGAUUGUGGUGGUGGUGGUGGUGCCACUUGGACCUCCUGCCCCGGUCCUUCCCAGAGGUCUAUCCGACAAGACCAAGAAGGACGGAAUCUAUUUCCAUUGCAGCGUCAAGAUCCGCAACAGGAUCAACGGCCACGAAGUCACUGUCAAGAUGAGACCGGUGGGUACAGAUGACAAGGAACUGGGAGAUGUCGAGGCCGAGAGGGGCGUCAAGGUGGUGUCGCAGGAUUCGCCCCUUGCCGGGAACGCUAACGAGGAACACACGAAAAUUGUGCAAGGAAAUAUGGUUAUAUGGGUCAGGGUCGCUAGAACGCAGAGGACGGAGCGCCUGGCCCAGGCACUGGCCCAGCACGAGGCGAACUUGAACGCUCCGAGAGAUGAUGAGGUCGAGGAGGUCGCGGAGUAA